GGGCAGGUCUGCGGGCAGCGCCGAGCCCCGGCCUCGUGUUGAUAUCGCUGAGUUUAACGCGGGACGAGCAGCGCCUCCGUGCCGCCGAUAGCCCGGGCCGGGAUGGAGCGAACGCACCGGCUGGAGCUGUUCCCUCAGCACAGCGUCACGCUGCUCCUCUUCCAGCACGUGAAAAAUGCCGCUGCCCUGCGGAAAAAAGCCAUGGAAGGAUGCAUUGAGGGAGCGCUGAUAAACCCGGCGAUGAUUGUAGAUCCUUUUCAGAUUCUUGUGGCAGCCAACAAAGCAGUGCAUCUACAGAAGAUAGGUAAAAUGAAGACCAGAACACUCAAUGCAGAAAUUAUUUUCAGCCUUUCACCAAGCAACAAUAUUUCAGAUGCGUUUAAAAAGUUUGGCAUUUCAGACAGCGACACAGCAGUACUCAUUGUGCUGGUUGUGGAUGGAGACAAGACUGUAAACCUGGCAGAUAUAGCAUCUCAGGUGGAAGGCCAGCAGGUUUCCCUAGAUGAACUCCCCCAGCUAACAGACACUGCCAAAGUUAAAAAGAUGUACAAAAUUACUCCACAAGAAGAAAAAAUCGGCACCUUAUUGGAUAGUGUUGUUUGCAGAAUGUCAACAAAGGAUGUUUUGUGAAAAUGUGGAAAUAAGUUUCAGAGGAAGUGAAGUACUACUCAGUACUUCAGUACUACUGAGUAGUUUGAUGACGUCUGAGCUUUAACCAAGCUUGGACACAAGGGUAACCUGAGCUAUGUUCUAAGCACAGAGAGCAACUCUGCCACGCCAAGCAGAAUUUGCCAUUGGCAUUUCUGUCCUUUUUUCUUGACAAGGGAGAAUUGGCAGUACUUUAAGCUGAACUUAAAUAAAAGGCUUGGAAAUCUGUA